AAAGACACUGUCCCACGUUUCUUUCCUACUUGGCAUCACUCUCCCCACUCUCUCUAUUUCUCCCUCCUUUUCUCUGUCUCUCUCCAUAAUCCUAAAUAAAAUUCCCAAUUUUUGUAAAAACCCAAUCAUUUCUCUUCACCUCGAGAUCCUCGCCGCUAAACAACUUCCAAAUCCCACCUCCGUCGCCGGAAACCGUCCGAAUCCGUCCUUAAAAUAGAAUCUCCGGCAGAUACCUAAAAUAUUAUAUAGAGAAGAUCGCUGUCGAAAUGAGUAACGGAGAGCUACUUCAAAUCGAACCUAUUGAGCUUCAGUUUCCCUUCGAAUUGAAGAAGCAGAUCUCAUGCUCCUUGCAAUUGACCAACAAAUCCGAUAACUAUGUUGCCUUCAAGGUGAAGACGACGAAUCCAAAGAAGUACUGUGUAAGGCCUAACACUGGAAUUGUGAUGCCUCACUCUACCUGUGAUGUCACAGUUACAAUGCAAGCACAAAAAGAGGCACCACCAGACAUGCAAUGCAAGGAUAAGUUCCUGCUUCAAAGUGUCGUGGCAGGCCCUGGAACUACGCCUACGGAUAUUACUCCAGAAAUGUUCAACAAGGAGUCAGGGAAUCAUGUUGACGAGUGCAAGUUGAGAGUGGCUUAUGUUCCACCUCAACCACCAUCACCUGUGCGGGAGGGGUCUGAGGAAGGUUCCUCACCUAGAGCUUCUAUAUCUGAAAAUGGAGCUGAGUUCCACAAUGCUUCAAGGACAUAUGCUGAGCCACAGGACAACUCAUCAGAGGCAAAAACACUAAUUUUGAAGCUGACAGAGGAGAAAAAUUCUGCAAUGCAGCGAAGUAACAAGCUUCAGCAAGAACUGGAGUUCUUGAAGCGUGAAAGCAGCAGAAGUCGUGGCGGAAUCCCAUUUAUGUAUGUUGUUAUUGUUGGACUGCUUGGGAUCUUUCUUGGCUAUCUUCUCAAGAAGACAUGAUCACUAAGAGGUUGCUGCUGUAUCGUCAGUGCCCCAAGUGUUAAAAAUUAUAGAACCUUGAAGAAAAAGGUGACUAAUCCAGUAAAGCUUUGUAUCAUUAGUUGUCUGGUUGACUGAAAUGUACAAGACAGGUUUUAAUCUGUUUCUGUAAUGUGAGCUCAAGAGCUUCAUCGUGUGACUAACUGCAUUUGACAUCCUUUGCCUACAUGUGGAGGAGACAAUUUAGUUUGCCAAUUAAGCAUACCUCCUGAUUAUGGUCUGUUCACUGAUAGUCUUUAGAGUUGAUGUGAUCUUAUUGGUAUGGACAGACGGUUUUGAUUUACUUAGACUAGUUUUACAUUUAUAGUUACAACCUUAUUUCUUUA